UUGUGAUUCCUUACAGCGCAGCAAAAUGACACGCACAUGAAUGUCAGCCAGUCAAGGUCCACUCUCGACUUGUGUGAAGAUUUAUGAAAAUCACCAGCCUCAAAAGGGAUCCGGCCUGUCCUCUUGGAAGAAUAAGAAAGGAUCACACAUUUGAAUAAUCAUGGAAUCUGGGUGUUUAUUAAACAGCUGACAUAGAAGAUCAGCCGCACAGAUUGAAAUGGUGCACGAGAAGAAAAUAUCUUAACUGAACCAAAAAUAUGGAUUUGAGCGACGAGAGAAAAUCGUGUAUGCUGCAACCGAAAAAUUCUUUAUGAAUAUUAUUAAAAGCAAUCUCAACAAAUAUUUCAGACCAAAGACGUGUGGCUCCACGAGGAAAAAAACAAGUAGACAUAAUACCUAGUUAUUUGUCACAGUCGAGAAAGUCAUUUAAACUAUUUAAUUAUAUGCUCUCAGUGAAUAAGGAAACGGGAUCCUCGGUAUAAACUUAUUGGAACUGACAACGGAAAGAUAAGACUGUUUUCAGUGAUCGUCACCGUUCAAAGUUCAUAACACUCUUCAGCCGAAUCCUUGGGAGCGACGGAAUAUUGUUUUGAUACAGCUUGAUUUCUUGUAUUGGUUAAUUUCACAUUUAACCAUCAACAUGUCUGCUGUGAUGAUAAGCAGGAAGGCCACGCGUAAAUGGGAAAAACUCCCUGGAAAGAACACUUUCUGCUGCGAUGGGCGCAUUAUGAUGGCUAGACAGAAAGGCGUGUUUUAUCUAACCCUAUUUCUAAUCAUUGGAACCUGCUCUCUCUUCUUCGCUUUCGAGUGUCCAUACCUAGCUGUCCAUCUGUCCCCUGCCAUCCCGGUCUUUGCCGUGCUCCUCUUCCUCUUCGUCAUGUCCAUGUUGCUGAGGACGAGUUUCAGUGACCCUGGCGUGUUGCCACGGGCCCUGCCAGAGGAAGCCUCCUUCAUCGAGAUGGAGAUUGAGGCGGCCAAUGGGAAUGUCCCGGCAGGACAGCGCCCGCCUCCACGCAUCAAGAAUGUGCAAAUCAACAAUCAGAUUGUCAAGCUGAAGUACUGCUACACCUGCAAGAUUUUCCGCCCACCUCGUGCUUCACACUGCAGCAUCUGUGACAACUGUGUAGAUCGUUUUGACCAUCACUGCCCAUGGGUGGGAAACUGCGUGGGGAAGAGAAACUAUCGUUACUUCUACUUAUUCACACUCUCGCUGUCACUCCUCACCAUCUACAUCUUCACCUUUGACAUUGUCCACGUGGUACUGCGAUCUGUGGACUCAGGCUUUGUGAGCACCAUUAAGGAAACCCCCGGAACUGUGCUGGAAGUGCUGGUUUGUUUCUUCACUCUCUGGUCUGUGGUGGGGUUGACUGGCUUCCACACCUAUCUGAUCUCCCUCAACCAGACAACCAAUGAAGAUAUCAAAGGCUCAUGGUCAGGGAAGAACCGGGUCCAGAACCCAUACAGUCACAAGAACAUCAUUAAGAACUGCUGUGAGGUGCUUUGUGGCCCAACCUACCCCAGUGUGCUGGACAGAAGAGGAGUGCUGGUGGACAUACCUAACCCCUCCACCCCAGGUGCUCCCUCCACCGUGAACAGCAACCCUGUGCCACAGACCACUAAAACCACAGCCCCUCUCAUACCAAAUGAGCACACUCCUGAGGAAGCCAAACCCAGCAUCGGUGCCACAUCACCAAAGGAGGAGAAACCAUCCACCCCAAGAGACGCUUCCCUCAAAUCUCCCUCCAACCCUGCUGUUAUCAAGGAGUCAGCCCAUUAGUUCUGGCAAGUCCCAGCAUGGACCUUUUCCUCCAUUAUUUUCUUCCUGAGUGUUCUUGUUUCAGGAACAUCAACCAAACCUUAAAAACACCAUUUGGGCUGAACCUAAUGAAAUCGUGGACUUCACAGUUCAGUACUCUCACAUCUCCUCACCAAUGAGUGAAAACAUACAGACUGUCCUCAGAAUGGACGUCAUGCUGGUUUUUUUAACCGAGGCGGUAGAAAGGUCCUGAGGGCCUAGAGACUCUCUCUCUUCUGAACGCUGCAUGAAAGACUA